AUGGGCAUCACAACCUUCCACCCGUUUCCGCAGCUGCCAGGAGAACUUCGAGACGUGAUCUGGGACCACGCAGUCCGUCCUGUCGAUCUCCGUGGUGUCCAAUACUUCUCUUUCUACACUAACCACGAAGUCCCCGAAAAGAUUAAGUCACAUCUGAUGCCAUUGUCGCACACAUACCAGCGGGAAGUUCUCGGUGCCCCGCUCGCUGACGACGAUGCAUUGACUGCAAGUUGGAACCAUAACAAGUCCACUUACGCCAUCGACGGUGCUCUAUGGACUACUUGUAAGGAGUCUCGCGCCGCCAUGCAUCGCCGGUACAAUCUAUGCCAUUGGGCCGAUCUUUACGAUGAUCCAUGCCGACCACUUCUCUCUGAUUCGAGCCGCCUUAGCAUUCGCCACGAGGACUACAAGGAUCUGCCAGCCAUAUUUCCAGUCCAUGACAGCAACAACUGGCAAUACAUAACUGUCCUACCGAGGCGGGAUCUCAUCAUGCUACAGACGUGGGACGUUGAUGAUUUCUCAAGUCUGGGUGACGGCCACAUGUUUUCGUCUAUGCCUCGCGGCUUCGUCAGCUUUGCGGACAUUGCGGUGGAAUUCGACCCAUCCUGGGACUACGACGAGCUCGAAGAGUAUCAGCAAGAGUGGAUCCACGGCGACCUCAGUUACAACUUCAAGUAUGACAGACCUAGAUGGGCGACUUAUCGCCUGUUGCUGGACGCUAUGAAAGAGAUGCAUAAUACAAGGCUGUGGAUGGUGGACCGUCGUCUCCGCCUGCAGGCCACAGCCCUUGACGAACGCUCCACUAGCGUGAUGAGAUGGGAGACCCGUGUGGUGUUCCGUGGGGACGGUUGCAAGUACUACGAGAUACCAGACUCGUGCUCGGAUUUAUGUUUGAUCGAGACGGAUGAGGAUGCGGCGUGCUUGUCAUUUGUUUGGAUGCUUGAACAGAUGUGCAGGGAGCAAUUGGAGAAAGACUUUGAUGAUCUGGAGAGAGAAUCUGAUUAUGAGGAGUACCCCCUGCAUAUCCGAUCCUUUCAGUCCUGGGGAGUUUUGGCAUGCGAGGAAGCUUGA